UUUCAACUCGUGACCAUAUGAUGUCAGUGAAAGAAACUAAAGGGGACUUAGCUUUUUGAGGGGGUGCUGUUGAGAGUCUCUUUUGAAGAGCAGAUAUGCAGAGCACAGCAAACUAUCUCUGGCUCAUGUCAGACCUUCUUGGGCAAGGAGCAACCGCAAACGUGUACCGUGGGAGACACAAGAAAACUGGGGACCUCUAUGCUGUCAAGGUUUUCAACAACCUGAGUUUCCUGCGGCCCCUGGAUGUGCAGAUGAGGGAGUUCGAGGUGCUGAAGAAGCUCAAUCACAAGAACAUUGUGAAGCUCUUUGCUGUGGAAGAGGAGACGAACACUAGGCACAAGGUGCUAGUGAUGGAGUACUGUCCCUGUGGAAGUCUCUACACGGUCCUAGAGGAAUCCUCUAAUGCCUACGGGCUUCCAGAGGAUGAGUUUCUCAUCGUACUGCAGGAUGUGGUUGCUGGAAUGAAUCACCUCAGGGAGUAUGGCAUAGUUCACCGUGAUAUCAAGCCAGGAAACAUCAUGCGUAUGAUUGGAGAAGAUGGCCGCUCUGUGUACAAGCUGACUGAUUUUGGAGCAGCUCGAGAACUUGAAGACGAUGAGCAGUUUGUUUCCCUUUAUGGGACAGAGGAGUAUUUGCAUCCCGACAUGUAUGAGCGGGCCGUCCUCAGGAAGGACCACCAAAAGAAGUAUGGGGCCACCGUUGACCUCUGGAGCAUUGGCGUGACAUUCUACCACGCAGCCACUGGUAGUCUUCCAUUCAGACCCUUCGAAGGACCACGCAGGAACAAAGAAGUCAUGUACAAAAUCAUCACAGAGAAGCCACCUGGGGCGAUAUCUGGAGUGCAGAAGUUUGAAAAUGGAAAAAUUGAGUGGAGUUCAGAGAUGCCAGUUUCGUGCAGUCUUUCCAAGGGUUUGCAGAGUCUGUUGACACCAGUGCUUGCCAAUAUCCUGGAAGCUGACCAGGAGAAGUGCUGGGGUUUUGAUCAGUUUUUUGCAGAAACCAGCGAUAUCUUGCACAGAACGGUGGUGUAUGUCUUCAGCUUUCAGCAGGCAACACUCCACCACAUCUACAUACACCAGUACAACACGGCUACUCUGUUCCAAGAGCUACUAUUUCGGAGAACCAAUAUUGCUCCGCCCAAUCAAGAGCUGAUGUAUGAGGGUCGCCGACUGGUGCUGGACCCGAACAGACAGGCACAGGCCUUCCCUCGCACCUCCAAAGACAACCCCAUCAUUCUAGUGAGCCGGGAUCUGGUUAGCAUGAUUGGGCUGCUGUUUGAAGAACCUACUGCACCAAAGAUACAGCCCCGCUAUGACUUGGAUUUGGAUGCUAGCUAUGCAAAGACUUUUGCAGGGGAUAUUGGUCACCUGUGGAAAAUAUCCAAAUCCCUUCUGAUGUAUCAAGAGCUGGUGCGAAAAGGAGUCAGAGGCCUUAUAGAACUGAUGAAAGAAGAUUACAACGAGACUGUACAUAAGAAAACUGAGGUCAUUCAUAUAUGCAGCUACUGCAAUCAGACAUUAGAAAGAACGGAGCAGCUGUGUGAGGCCCUGAUCCAAACAAAUAUGUUAUCAUCAGAAAUGAGUGAAAUUUCAGAGAUUAGAACAAAAAUCAUACGGCUGUCUAGCUCUUUGGCAUCAAUGGACAACACUCUGCAAGAAAUUAAGAACAAGUUCUUGCCUGGAGGUUUACUGACAGACACCUGGUCAGAGCAAGUUGGAACCCAUCCUGAGGACAGAAAUGUUGAGAAAAUUGAAGUGCUCCUGAAUUAUAUCACUGCAAUCUACCAGCAGUUUAAAAAGGACAAAGCUGAACGACGCCUGCCUUACAAUGAAGAACAGAUACAUAAAUUUGACAAGCAGAAGCUUGUUUUACAUGCAACAAAGGCAACCACCUUAUUUAGCGAAGACUGUGCCAUGAAGUAUCGCAUUUUUCUGUCCAAGGCUGAGGAAUGGAUGAGGAAAGUUCAUCAAGUCAGGAAGCAGCUCCUUAAUCUGACUAACCAGUUCAUUAACAUUGAGCAGGAGGUGUCUGUUUUCCUGGAGCGGGUUUACCAGCUACAGGACGUUUUGCCUCAGAAGAUCCUGCCAGUGACUUCUAGUGGAAUAAAGCCUCAGGUCUAUCUCAGUCAGAACACCUUGGUGGAGAUGACACUGGGAAUGAAGAAACUCAAAGAAGAAAUGGAAGGGGUUGUAAAAGAACUGGCAGAAAAUAAUCAUUUUCUUGAGAGAUUUGGUACUUUGACAAUGGAUGGUGGACUGAGAAAUGUCGACCGGAUAUAACUUUGGACAGGUCGAUUGUACUGCAAAGAAAUGUCAUACAAGACUUCUUGGUUCCUGUUAUGAAGACAUCUCCAAUUUAUAUAUUCCAAAAUGUAUAUAGUACUGUAAAUAUAUAUAGAAAAGAACUUUAAAAUACAUUUAUACUUUAUCUUCUUUCCAUUGUCUCAUUGGUCUUUGCUUCCCACCGUACAAGGUUGUUGUUCAGUUUUAUUCAUUCAGUUAAAUGGUUAAAAUGUUUCAAGGCCCUCAGAAAGGUAAAUUAGCUCCAACCUCAGUUAUAAUGUUCAUUAAAAACUGUUACUCACGGAAACCUUUAAAUAUGUUCUGUUUUAUUCAUUUUUUUUACAAUUGAUUUUAAUUUUCUUGUUCUGGUUGUCAUAGUAUAUUUCAGUUAUGUUACUAGAGUCAGUGUCAUUCUUUAUACCUUGUUUGUCAUUAACAUUACUUACAAAUGCACAAGCUCUACGAUAAUAGAAAUCCUUUCUGACACAUGCAUGUGUGUAUUCAGCAUAAAAUGUGAUACGUUUAUUGCGUGAUGAAGGUAUCUGAUGGAUCAGAAAUGGUGAUCUCUUUUGAUAUUAAAGUGUUUUGGAAUGUGUUGUGACACUUAUUCACUGGUCAUGUUCUAAGACGAUGAGAAAGGUUAGAAAUGAGAGGAGGCCAUUUGGCUGGCCUUGCCCAUUUGACAUCUAAGAAGCUAAUUGUUCCAAGGAUCUCAUCCUGUUGGUUUUUUAAGAAGCCAAGGUAAUGACUUCAAAAACAUGGCUGGGUUGCCGUUCCUUAGUUCCAUGAAUAAGUGCCUCCCAUUAUUGACAUUCUUGGCGUCACUGCGUUGACUUCAUCAAUGCCUUUGAGGAUUUUUUCAUUUAAAUUUCAUUUUCUUCUCUAGGCCCUCUUGGAGAUAUAGGCAAUGUAGUCUGGUAUUAAAUUUAUUCCAGAAAAAGGACAUUUAAGAGAAAACCAGUAUGUUUAAAAAAGAAGAUUUGUGACACUGAUUGCUUUUAUUUUGAAAACCUUAAGUUCUACAGUACCUUUUCUAUAUGAGGAGAUGUUACUCUUUAGCUGACACCAAGCCUUGAUGACUAUUAUACGGUCAUUAAUGGUUACUGUAGAGAAUGUUUGUCUUUUUCGUUCAGUGUAUUCUGUCACCAUUUCUCAAGCUCACAUAGAAGCAGAAUCUUAAAGUUCUGUUAUAACAUGCACAUGUUCUUAAAGUAUUGACCACUUUUCAUUGAGUUCUGUUCUGACCACCCAAACUCACAUAAUUUGUGUUUAAUUGGACAAAAGCUUUUGAAAAAAACUGUGAACUGAACAGUACUGUGGUCCUUGAUUGCCAUACUCCCCAAAGUAUUUCUACAAAGCUUUCUACAAAAAAGGCAAGUGUGAAAUUCCAGGAAUGACACUUCUCCUAAAACAUAACUCUUCAAUAACUGAACAUCUUAGUAACUUAUACAGUAUACUUACAAAGUAAUUCAAAAGGUUUUAGUAAUAACAAACCCCCUCUGGGUGUAAAUAGAUUAGACAGGAUUACAGUUGCAUUCAAAAUCACUGUUAUUUUACUUUUUCUGAAUGUGUUGACCAGUUUGCAAUGUUUGUAUGUUUUUCCUCAAUAAAGUCUUGAAGACAUAUUGUAGAUAAAUCUUCUGGAUUUAAACUAGGAGCUCCUACUGGACUGCAGCUUAGAGACAUUUUACUUUUUCUCUUAAGUCAUUUUGUCAAAAUUUGGUUCUGUCUCACUAUAUAGUUUUUAGAGUCUCAUAUGAUAAGUUUUGAAUAUAAUAUUUCAUAUACUUUGGGCCUGGUUACUCCAAAUGAGUCCUAGUGCCUGAAAUAUGGUGUAAAUAAAAAAACAUUGGUUAGACGUGAACAAAGUCCAUUAACAGGUACUGUACAUGGUGAAGAAGGACCAAUGCACAAUCUUUUGUCUUAACUUCUUGAGAUUGGUGUCACAGCACUAUAGUCAGAUGUGAAGUCCUUUAAUUUGGAAUAUCACUCGAAUGGCAUUCCAGCUGUCAUCUGAUAGCUUUUAGUAGCUGACAUAUCAGGAGCAGUAGUACACUAGCUGUGAUAUUAAAAAGAAAUGAGUGUGGGUAGCUGGUCAGGCACAGUUUGUGUGCAGUUUCUUUUUUUCAGGACAUCCAAAGAUUUAACUUCCUCUUAAAAAACGAUUUAUAUCAUUUUGAUGGGAUGAUUCAAAUUUGAGUGGAAAGUGCUUACAUUUGUUUUGUCAACCAUUAAUCUUUUGGGAUUUUUAUGCUAGUUAUAUUUACAGUUCUUUCACCUGUAUUUAGGAGAUUUAGUUUGGGUUUGAUGUACCUCAAAAGGAUAGUAAAGUGAUUACUGUGAACUCUGUAGUUCAAGACUACUGUGUGUAUUGAAAUCCAUACGAUCCUUUUUGUUGGGUUGUGAUCAGAAGUGUUUUUGAGCCAAAGCACAGUAUGGGUUCCCUUCAAUAUGUUCAGUUAACUUAACUAUAGUUAACUUCACCUUUUCCACAGUUUUGCUAAACUGUAGGACCAAUCACAAGUGUUUUAUGGUUAGUAUGUGCUCUCAAUCAUAUCAGAAGAUAUCUGAUAUUAUAUGGUUUGAUACUUGAAUGCGCCAUCCUUAAAAAAUAAUGUAAUUAAACUUGAUCUUUAUUUGAACAUGUAUGUAUGAUCAAUUUUUGAUCUAUUGUGGAAUGUGCAAUAGGUGAUGACAAAUGAUGUAUAUUGAAUUGUCUACAUGAAAGAUAUUAAACAGUUAAUUGUAUUUUGUA